GCUGGACCAAUCUCUUCUCCCAUGCUCUCCAAGCCGGGGUCUUGCGCCCUGGGAUGUGGUGGUGCUGUUGGUCCACUGCAGCCCUCUAGCCCGCUACCUCCUCCUCUGACACCGACGGGUCUUGUCGCGGCGGCCGCAGUUCCUGGUUUCUUGUCUCCAUCACCCUGGUCGUCCUCGGCCGGCUUCUGUGAGCGAUCGGUCUACCAGAUUCAGCAGGGCUAG